AUGUCGAGCCUACUGCAGCCAAUCACUCUCGGCCACACCAUCGAGCUGCGGAACCGGGUCUGCAUGGGUGCUAUGACCCGGAACCGCUGUGUUGACGAUAACAAACCUACUGAUGCUUCCGUGAAGCAUUACGCAGAUAGAGCUCGAGAUGGAGCUGGAUUGAUCGUCUCAGAAGGCACGUUCAUUUGUCCGACAGGCUCAGAGUAUCAGCAUCCGCCUGUGAUGUGGGAUCAGAGUCACGCACAAGCUUGGAAAAAGGUAACAACCGCGGUCCAUCAAGAAGGUGGAAAGAUAUUCUUUCAAGCAUGGCAUGCAGGCCGCUGCCAACAUGAUGAAGUGCCGAUGCUCAAAGAAAAGAAUUUUCCUGUCCUAGCACCGUCGCAGGUUCCGGCGGCUGCUGGUAAAUACCGGUUCUUGAAAGGCACGCCGGGCCAUACGACAAACAUCACAGAAAUCAACGACCCCAAGACUGUUGUCCAGCAGUUCAAAGCAGCAGCAGAGCUCGCUCGGGAUGCUGGCUUUGAUGGAAUCGAAAUACUUGCGCAAGGAGGGUACCUCAUCCACAACUUCCUAUGCUCGCAUGCCAAUAAGCGUACGGACGCCUACGGAGGCUCAGUUCCGAACCGAUGCCGAUUUGCAUUGGAGGUUGUUGAUGCCAUAAGCGAGAUCUGGGGCCACAGCGCCAUCGGCAUCAAGAUUUGCCCAACAGAUGACGCCAACGAUUCAGCAGUGUCCUACGAUGAGCUGUGCGAGACGUAUGAUUACUUAAUCAAACACCUAGUGUCUCGAGAAGUGGGAUAUAUCAACCUUUCCCGCCGCGGCUGCGCUCUCGGCAAAGAUGAGGACUUGUUCAUGUCUUUAGACAAGAACAGCUACACACCAAGGUCUACUGCAAAUGAGCUGCCAUGUGGAUUCGAGCCUUUGCACAGGUUUGGUGAUUUGAUCAAGUACCCAGGCAGUCGAACGAUGCUCAUGGUCAAUCACGAGUACACGGUCGCCGAGGCUGAUGCGCUUGUGAAAGAGGGCAAGAUCGACUUGGUCACGUUUGGUCGCCCUUUCAUCUACAACCCGGACGUUAUCACCAGGAUCAAGAGGGGAAUCCCAUUUGCAACAAAUGACCGUGGCGGACAUGUUUACUACGGACCAUACCAAGAUGUGAAUGAGAACUACAACGAUUGGCCCUACUCAGGCGAGAAUGAGCGUUGA